CCGCGUCUCACAUCUCUUUCUCUCUCUCUCUCACAAGCAUCCUCAUCUUCCUUUUAUGGUUCAUCUCCACCCCUCCCCCUAUAUAUACACACACCUCUCUUCUAUAUUACCCACAAAACACUCAACACAAUAUUCAUCAAACUCUCUCUCUCUCUCUCUCUCUCUCUCUAAAAUGGCCUUUUCGAAUAAUGCGUUGUGCAUGGUAUUGUUGGUUAGUGUAAUGAUGAUGAGCUCUUUGAUGGUUACCCAUGGUGGCAACUUUUACCAAGACUGUGACAUAACAUGGGGUGAUCAACGAGCCAAGAUGUUCAAUGGAGGUCAGCUUCUGUCUCUCUCACUAGACAAGACCUCUGGCUCUGGAUUUCGAUCCAAGAAAGAGUACUUGUUUGGGAGGAUUGACAUGCAGCUGAAACUUGUUGCUGGCAACUCCGCUGGCACUGUCACUACCUACUAUUUGUCUUCUGAAGGGCCAUCACAUGAUGAGAUUGAUUUUGAGUUCUUGGGAAACCUCAGUGGUGAUCCUUAUAUACUCCACACCAAUGUCUUCACUCAAGGCAAAGGCAACAGAGAGCAACAAUUCUAUCUCUGGUUUGAUCCCACCAAAAAUUUCCACACUUACUCCAUCAUAUGGAUCCCCCACCAUAUCAUUUUCUUGGUGGAUGACACUCCCAUAAGAGUAUUCAAGAAUGGUGAAUCAAUCGGCGUCCCUUUCCCCAAAAACCAACCCAUGAGGAUCUACUCUAGCCUUUGGAAUGCUGAUGAUUGGGCCACAAGAGGAGGAUUAGUGAAAACCGAUUGGACAAAAGCUCCAUUCACAGCAAACUACCGGAAUUUCAAUGUCCAAACCUGUUCCGGGACGUGCACUUCCUCUACCACUUCAUUUUCGAGUGGAGCAUGGCAGAGUCAAGAACUUGAUGCCUAUAGCCGAAGAAGACUAAGAUGGGUUCAGAAAUAUUUCAUGAUUUACAAUUACUGCACGGAUUUUAAACGCUUCCCUCAAGGCUUUCCUCCAGAGUGUAGGCAAUGAAGGUUCCUCUGAACAAAUGUUAAUGGAGUUUGUACUAUAUAGUCCAUGGUUAAAAUUCUUUCUGGCUCUGUUUGUAUUCAAGUUCCACUUUGUUUUAUAAAUUAUAUAUCAAAUAAAUCCAGUUCUUUCUGUAUCUUGUUUGUUUCUAAGAGGGAUGUACAAUUUGGGAAGUUGGCAAUGUAAACCUAGAGGACUUUUUUACUUCU